UUAGAAACACCUCAUCACUGAUGACCCCUCCUGGAGCACUGCACAUCUUGCCGGCGCUGGCGGAAUCCUCAUUACUUGACAUUGGGAGAACCGUCUGUCAACAGGAAACUACCGGCAUGCCGAACGUCACCUCAUCAGGCGAAGUGACACUGAAAUUAACAGUAGAUGGUGCACAGGCUCAGAAUCCUCCAGUCACGUGGACCGUAACCAUAGCGAACGGAACAACAUUGUAUGAUGCAAUGCUGAUUCUCCAAAACCGAACACCUUCCUUCAGAUUCCAGGCGACUCCUUCAUCGUUCGGUUACUCCGUGGACUCUAUCAAUGGAAUCAGUGCUAAUACCACUGUUCUCCACAUACUGGCAGAUUCUUCAGGCUGGAAACGUACCCAUCACAUCUAGUGUGAGCGGAACUAUUCCGAAGGAAGGGGAUCACUACACCUUCCAUUUGACGACUUGGGGUCGCUAAAGAUUACGUUACUAUAGUGACAAAGCAAGAAACAGUUGCUGUUUUCUAUUGCUAUUAUUGUAUAUUAAUUAAAGAAAUCCUUGAAUUCCAGUCUUUAUUUCACUUCAAACCGUCCACAGAUAAAACAGAUUAAAAAGCUACAAGCUAAGUACACUCUACGAAUAAACUACACAUUGAAAAUCUUGAAAG